GAUUCCUGGACAAUAUAUUUGCAAAAAACAUGACGACUUCUUCCCUUCCCUUCUUAGAUAACAGCGAUGCCCGUCUAAAACUGACGGUGGAGAACAGAAUAAGAAACAUUUUUGUAACACAGUCAGAAGACACCAGACAUAGAAAGCAAGAAAAUGUCAACCACAUACCUGUUGUAACAGAGACUUCUAGCAGAGUCCUUGAGGCAGGAGUGAACACUUUGCAAAAGACUCUGGUUCUGAAGAAACAAGCUGAGUUGGACGAGGUCGACGAGCAACUCACACUCAAACGGCAAGAGUUUAAGAGCUGCGUGGAAGCUCUAGCCCAGAGGAGGUCUGAAUUGGAAAUAAAACAACAGCAGACUAAAGAGAGGGCAAUGAAAUUUGAGAAGUUUGUGGCUGAAAAUGAAGUGAAGCGACGGCGAGCGCUGAAGAAGUAUGAGGUUGCACGGGAGCAGAACAUGUCGAAGCAGAGAGAAGUAGAAGAUCUGACAGAACAGCUGAAACAACUUAGAGCCAGACAGCAAGUUUUAAAGGAGAGAAUGGCAAAAUACAAAAUCUAUGAGGACUAUUUGAUGAAAACACUAGAUUAUCUCCCCAGCAUUUACCUUGAUAAUGGGUCUGAGUCUUUGGUUAUGCCCAUCAUUCGGCGCCAUGAGACCCUGUCCAUCACCCACCAGGAGCUGCUGCAGCGUUUGGGGCGUCUGGAGGAGGAGGUGGAGCAGGGCCAGCGACUACUGCAGACCAUUAAGCAGGAGCACAGCAUUAAAAAAUUGAUGGCCAAUAAGGAACUGUCUGAACUCCAGAGUGAGUUAGAAACCCUCAAAGAGAAGAACAAGCAGGCAGAGAUUAACCUGCUGAUGGAGCAAGGCCUGUCCAGAGUGAAGGUUGAAGAAGUGGGAACCUUGCUUAUGGCCAUCAACAGCCUCGCAGAGCAGUGUUAUCUACCAGCAUAUGGACCUCUGGAAAACAUGAACAUACUGACAAUGAUGGACAUGGUGAAGGAGUACAUUCUGGACGAGGCAGACACAGAGAAGAGAGCGAGGAGACUGAUGGAGUCGGGGUCUGCAAUGACAAGUAGAACAGCUCUGACAGACAAAAGAGAGAGGGGAUCAAUGAAAAGCAUCGGCAGUAAAACACAAAUCAAAUGUUCAAGUAAAGUCAGUAGAAAGAGUGAGACAAUAAGUUGAUGUAGAACUUUUACAACUUAUCACGUUGUUUUCAUGCUUACAGUAAUCUAACUUUGUUGAGUGUGAAAGUUCAGUUUUGACCUUGGAAACAGGAGUUUGACAAAAUCUUACUUUUGAAAUGUAGAACAUGACAACAUGACUGUGAGAUGCAGUUGGAAACUCUAGAAAAAGCCAGUAAAUGGACCUUGUGUUAAGAUAUUUUUGUAAACAUCUAAGAGUGGUUUGACUCUUAAAUUGUUUGAGUUUAUGUAACAGAGGUUCAGUGUUCAAAACACUUAAUGCAAAAUGCUAUGCAUCAAGUUUUGUACUUUUCAUAUAUAUUUUGAAAAUAAGGUAACUAAGUGUAUUCGAGCAUCAGAACUUUGUAAAUGUGUAUCUCUGGAAUGUCAUCAUUGUUGCAUUUUAAAAUAAAAUGGUCACAAUCAAAUGAUGCUGUCAGGCAGAUCAAA